AUGAUCUCGGCCUCCUUUCUCCCCACGCGCUUCCGCGGCGAGCCCAACCUGCCGGCCGCCUCGACGCCCUCGCCCAUGGCCAGGCGCGUCGCCCCGCUCCUCCAGUUCCUCGCGAGGCUCGCCUGCUCCCACCCGAUCCACACCGUCGUCGUCGUCGCCGUCCUCGCCAGCACCUCGUACGUCGGCCUCCUCCAGGAUAGCUUCUUCGAGAGCGCCGGCACCGUCGGCAAGGCCGACUGGUCGACCCUCGUCGACGGCAGCCGGCCCUUGCGCGCCGGCCCCGACACGGCCUGGCGCUGGCAGUCGGUCGAGCACGACGUGGCCCUGCCGCCCGACGUCGACCACCUCGCCCUCCUGACCCUCGUCUUCCCCGACACCCUCUCGACCGACUCGCCGAGCACGGCCCCGGCCGCCCACGCCGUGCCGACGCCCGCCAACCUCUCCGUCACGCGCCUGCCGCCGACGGAGAACUCCUUCACCGCCUACUCCCAGGACAGCAUCCUCGCCUACGCCCUGCCCUACGCCGAGGCGCCCGAGUUCGUCGCCGCCGCCCAGGAGAUCCCCAACGAGGAUGCCGAGGAGACGCUGACGCGCCACGGCCGCGAGAGGAAGAUGUGGAUCAUGAAGGCGGCCAAGGUGCACACGCGCGGCACCCUCCACCAGUGGGCCGCCAACGCCUGGACCGAGUUUCUCGAUCUCCUCAAGAACGCCGAGACGCUCGAUAUUAUCAUCAUGAUCCUCGGCUACCUCUCCAUGCACCUCACCUUCGUCUCCCUCUUCCUCUCCAUGCGCCGCAUGGGCUCCAACUUUUGGCUCGGCAUGAGCACCCUCUUCUCCUCCGUCUUCGCCUUCCUCUUCGGCCUCGCCGUCACCACGAGCCUUGGCGUCCCCGUCAGCGUCAUCCUCCUCUCCGAGGGCCUGCCCUUUCUCGUCGUCACCAUCGGCUUUGAGAAGAACAUCGUCCUCACCCGCGCCGUCCUCUCCCACGCCAUCGAGCACCGCCGCGCCCAGGUCCAGAACGCCAAGUCGGCCGCCGCCCUCUCGCCCUCGGAGCAGGGCCAGAACCUGAUCCAGCACGCCAUCCAGGCCGCCAUCAAGGACAAGGGCUACGAGAUCCUGCGCGACUACGCCGUCGAGAUUCUCAUCCUCGUCCUCGGCGCCGCCUCGGGCGUCCAGGGCGGCCUCCAGCAGUUCUGCUUCCUCGCCGCCUGGAUCCUCUUCUUCGACUGCCUCCUUCUCUUCACCUUCUACACCGCCAUCCUCAGCAUCAAGCUGGAGAUCAACCGCAUCAAGCGCCACGUCGACAUGCGCAUGGCCCUCGAGGCCGACGGCGUGAGCCGCCGCGUCGCCGAGAACGUGGCCCAGAGCCAGGACGACGGCCAGGACGCGCCGGACGGCUCGCUCUUCGGCCGCAAGCUCAAGAGCAGCAGCGUGCCCCGCUUCAAGGUGCUCAUGGUGACGGGCUUCGUCGUCAUCAACCUCGUCAACAUCUGCACCAUCCCCUUCCGGAGCGCCACCUCGCUCUCGAGCCUGCGCUCCUGGGCCGGCGGCCUCGGCGGCCUCGGCGGCGUCGUCUCCAUGCCGCCCGUCGACCCCUUCAAGGUGGCCUCGAACGGGCUCGACGCCAUCCUCGCCGCCGCCCGCGCCGGCGGCCGCGCGACGCUCGUCACCAUCCUCACGCCCAUCAAGUAUGAGCUCCAAUUCCCCUCGGUCCACUACGCGCUGCCCUCGUCGCUCGGCGAGAAGAUGGGUCUCGACAGCUACGGCGUCGGCGGCCGUGUCGUCGGCAGCCUGCUCAAGAGCCUCGAGGAUCCCGUUCUCUCCAAGUGGAUCGUCGUCGCCCUCGCCCUCAGCGUCGCCCUCAACGGCUACCUCUUCAACGCCGCCCGCUGGGGCAUCAAGGACCCCAACGUGCCCGACCACGGCAUCGACCGCGCCGAGCUCGCCCGAGCCCAGCGCUUCAACGAGACGGACUCGGCGACGCUGCCGCUCGGCGAGUACGUGCCGCCGACGCCCCAGCCGACGGAGCCGGCGACGCCGGCCAUGACGGACGACGAGGGCGACGUCGCGCCCUCGGUGGCCGCCAAGCCGAGGACGAGCCCGUCGUCGGCCGCGGCCGAGCAGCGGCCGGUCGAGGAGCUCGAGGCACUCGUCGCCGCCAAGCGGGCCCACGAGCUGUCGGACGAGGAGGUCAUCACCAUGUCGAUGCGCGGCAAGAUCCCUGGCUACGCGCUCGAGAAGACGCUCAAGGACUUCACGCGCGCCGUCAAGAUUCGCCGCUCCAUCAUCGCGCGCAACAAGGCGACGGUCGAGAUCACGAGCGGCCUCGAGCGGUCGCUGCUGCCGUACGAGAACUAUAACUGGGAGCGCGUUUUCGGCGCCUGCUGCGAGAACGUCGUCGGCUACCUGCCCCUGCCCGUCGGCGUCGCCGGCCCGCUCGUCAUCGACGGCCAGAGCUACUUCAUCCCCAUGGCGACGACCGAGGGCGUCCUCGUCGCGAGCGCCAGCCGCGGCUGCAAAGCCAUCAACUCGGGCGGCGGCGCCAUCACGGUGCUCACGGGCGACGGCAUGACGCGCGGCCCCUGCGUGACCUUUGAGACUCUCGAGCGCGCCGGCGCCGCCAAGCUCUGGCUCGACUCGGACGCCGGCCAGGCGGUGAUGAAGAAGGCCUUCAACUCGACGAGCCGCUUCGCGCGGUUGCAGUCGAUGAAGACGGCGCUCGCGGGCACGAAUCUCUACAUCCGCUUCAAGACGACGACGGGCGACGCCAUGGGCAUGAACAUGAUCUCCAAGGGCGUCGAGCACGCCCUCAACGUCAUGGUCGCCGAGGGCGGCUUCGAGGAUAUGCAAAUCGUCUCCGUCUCGGGCAACUACUGCACCGACAAGAAGCCGGCGGCCAUCAACUGGAUCGACGGACGCGGCAAGAGCGUCGUCGCCGAGGCCAUCAUCCCCGCCGAGGUGGUCAAGAGCGUGCUCAAGAGCGACGUCGACGCCCUAGUCGAGCUCAACGUGUCCAAGAACCUCAUCGGCUCGGCCAUGGCCGGCUCCAUCGGCGGCUUCAACGCACACGCGGCCAACAUUGUGGCCGCCAUCUUCCUCGCCACCGGCCAAGACCCCGCGCAGGUGGUGGAGAGCGCCAACUGCAUCACGACGAUGAGAAACCUGCACGGCUCUCUGCAAAUCUCCGUUUCGAUGCCCUCGAUCGAGGUCGGCACGCUCGGUGGCGGCACCAUCCUCGAGCCCCAGAGCGCGAUGCUCGACAUGCUCGGCGUCCGGGGCUCGCACCCGACGAGCCCCGGCGACAACGCGCGACGGCUGGCGCGCAUCAUCGCCGCCGCCGUCCUCGCCGGCGAGCUGUCGCUCUGCAGCGCGCUCGCGGCCGGUCACCUCGUGAGGGCGCACAUGCAGCACAACCGAAGCGCCGCGCCGUCUCGGACCGGCACGCCGGCGCCUCCGCCGAUGACGCCCGUGUCGUUGGCGAUGACCAGCGCGCAGGAAAAAUGCAGCAAGAGCGCGGCGGCGCGUCAGCGGUCGAAGCGAUGA